UGAGACCUUUGUUUUAUUUUCUUAUUACCUAAGAGAAAAAGAUACACAGAAAUAUUGAUCUAGUUCUAGUCAUUCACCCGAAACGACAAGCCGUUCACGUCACGUCAAACUGGACGCAGUAAAAAAAGGAAGAAUGACAGUAGUAUGAGUAUCAGAGCAUUUUUAUUAAAAGAAACGUGGCAGGCAACGCAAGCAUGUAUAAAUAAAUAAAUUCCACAACCGCGAUCUUUAUUUUAUUUUAUUUACCUCUCUUCGCCGCCUCACAAUACCAAUCAAACCCCCAUCUUCCAAUUCCAAAUCCCUCCCUCUCCGUCAAUGGACUCAUCCACGCCGGUGAAUUGGGAAGCGUUGGACGCCGUCGUCAUCGAUUUCGCCAAAUCGGAAAACCUCAUCGAAGACUCCUCCUCCUCCUCCUCCUCUACCGCCGCCGCUCUCUCUCCAUCUUCCUCCUCCUACCACUCCCGGCUCAUCAUCCGCCAGAUCAGACACUCCUUGGAAACCGGCGCCGUUGACGCCGCCGUCGAUCUCCUCCGCUUCCACGCUCCCUCCAUCCUCAACGAUCACCGGAUUCUCUUCCGCUUGCACAAACAGAAAUUUGUGGAGCUUCUUCGGAAGGGGACGACAGAGGAUCGUGACUCUGCAAUUCAUUGUCUGAGAACGGCUCUUGCUCCUUGUGCACUUGAUGCUUACCCGGAAGCAUAUGAGGAAUUCAAGCAUGUUCUUCUCGCGUUUAUAUAUGACAAGGAUGAUAAGACUUCUCCUGUGGCAAAUGAGUGGUCUGAAAGGAGGCGGCUUGACUUAGCUGGAUUUUUGUCCUCCAUGCUAAGGGCUCAUUUAAAUGCAUAUGAUCCAAUUUUUUCAAUGACUCUGAGAUAUUUGAUAAGCAUACAUAGGGCAUAUUGUUUGCGUCAAGGUAUUACAUCACCUAUCUCUGAUCUGACUGAAAGAUUGCUCCUUGAGGAUCGAGACCCUCCUGCAACACCACAGGACAUUUUAUAUGAAGCACCACCAUUUGAUGAGGUUGACAUACAAGCUCUUGCGCAUGCUGUAGAGCUUACAAGACAAGGAGCAAUUGAUAGCUUGAGAUUUGCUAAGGGUGAUCUGUUCCUGGCAUUUCAGAAUGAAUUGGGACGGAUGAGAUUGGAUGUGCCACUUCUCGAUCAACUUGUUCGUGAGUAUUGUGUUUACAGAGGCAUUGUUGACUCUGCAUCUGGGAAGCAACCUAUUCAAGAACCUGUUAAAUUGAACCAACAAAACCCUGGGUAUUGUUCAUCAAGGGAUUGUUCUCUCGAGCUGGAUUGUAAUGCCAGCAAGCAUUCUGAUGGCGAAACUUCUGUUACCAAUGCUCAGAUGGAUUGUUCCCCUGAAAACAAUGCUGAUGUGACCAGCAUGCGAGGAAUAGAUUUCGACGUACGAUAUGCUUCUGAACUCACAAGCAUUCAUGAAGAUUGUAGUACCAGUGGAUCACAGCAACUUGAUGACCCAAGUGUUUUGCAACGAACUAGAUUGCCUGGAAGUGGAGAAAGGAGCAAGCGAAAGCGAUGGAGAGGACGAUAUGAUGAUAAUAGUUACAUGCCUAAUGCUUCUUCUGAAGAGCACAGCGAGCAAGAGCAUAGCACCAAUUCCACUGUUUCAACUUUAUUAAAGGAGAAACAGGGCUCUGAUGUUAGUAAUGUGGAAGAUAAAUAUGAGGUUCUGUUGGGAAUGAAGGAGUUAGCUAGCAAAGGAAUGGCUGCUGAAGCAGUUGAAGAAGUCAAUGCUAUUGAUUCCAAUUUCUUUGUUCAGAACUCAGUUCUGCUCUUCCAACUCAAGCAGGUUGAAUUCCUCAAGUUGGUUAGUUCUGGUGAUUAUAAUGCUGCUUUAAAGGUUGCUUGUUCCCAUUUGGGUCCUUUAGCUUCUAGUGAUCCUGCUUUAUUAAAGCCCUUAAAGGAAACUCUUCUGGCUUUACUACGACCUAAUGAAGAAGCUCUUGGAAAUUCAUUACCUCUACAUGCUCUAGCUGCUUCUCUUCAGGUUGCAGUUGGUCGGAGGCUAGGUGUUGAAGAACCUCAACUCAUGAAAAUAAUGCGAGCCACUCUUCAUACUCAUACUGAGUGGUUUAAACUUCAAAUGUGUAAAGAUCGUUUUGAAGGUCUGUUGAGGAUUGAUUCCUUGAAGGAAGUUAACACUCCCUCUCUUGCUCCAGUAUCUACCACCAAGUCAUAUGCUGAUAGCUGCACAAAUGGAUCUUCCCAGGCCACCGUAUCCUCAGGAACUAGAAUGUCAGAAGAUGGUAGCAGUCCGGCCCCAGAUUCUUCAAGGGAUGUCGUCUGUGAUGAAGGUGCAAUACUCAAAGUAAUGGAGUUUUUGGCACUGCCUAGGGCUGAUGCUAUCCAUCUGCUUGCACAAUACAACGGAAAUGCGGAGACAGUUAUUCAACAGAUAUUUGCCUAGGCAUCGUGUGCGAAAUUCGAGUUCAUCAUUUUGCAGACAGACUAAAUUAUUAUUUUUUUUCAAUAUUAUUUGAUUCAAAUUUGUGAAUUAUUUAUUACACGUGUACAUACUGUAACGUUUUAAAUCUGAAUUGACAUAAAGUACUGUACAGUCUCUCUUGAA